UAACUCCAUGCAGCAGGAAGUGUCUCCGCUGCGCGCCCACGGGUGAUGGUGCAGCGCUCGCCGCCCGGCCCCGAGAGUUGCUGCCCUGAAGGCCGGCGACCAUGGCAGGACGCCCGCCGCCCGGGCCUCCCGCCCGCGCGCUCCUGUUCGUCGUGGCCGGGGCUCUGCUGGCGCCCCGCGCGGCCCGAGGAGUGGACCUGGGCAGUAAAUUAGCAUCUUCAGUGCAGGAGACCCAAACGAGGGAUGAAGGAGAAGCUUAUGAAGUGGCCAGCGCCUCUCUUUUAAGUGGAGACCUCUGGAACCCAACAGAGAACUCCAACACCAAGAAUCAUCCAGAAGUGUUGACUUUUCGAAUACAACUGGAAAGCAAAGAACUCAUCAUAAAUCUGGAAAGAAAUGAAGGUCUCAUUGCUAGCAGUUUCACGGAAACCCAUUAUCUGAAAGAUGGCACUGAUGUCUCCCUCACUCGAAAUUACACGGGUCACUGCUACUACCACGGACAGGUGCAGGGACAUUCGGACUCAGUGGUCAGCCUUAGCACGUGUUCUGGUCUCAGGGGACUUAUUAUGUUUGAAAAUAAAACUUACAUCUUAGAACCGAUGAAAAAUACAACCAACAGAUACAAACUCUUCCCAGCGGAGAACCUGGAGAGCCUCUGGGGAUCGUGUGGAUCACAUCCUGAUACCUCGGGCCUCGCUGUGGAUAACGGGCUCCUACCGCCCUCUCAGAGGCGAGCAGGAAGGCAUAAAAGAGGGACCCUUAAGACAACCAAGUAUGUGGAGCUGGUUAUUGUAGCCGACAAUCGAGAGUUUCAGAGGCAAGGAAAAGAUCUGGAAAAAGUUAAGCAGCGAUUAAUAGAGAUCGCUAAUCACGUUGACAAGUUUUACAGACCGCUGAACAUUCGGAUCGUGUUGGUAGGUGUGGAAGUGUGGAACGACAUCGACAAAUGCCCUAUAAGUCAGGACCCGUUCACGAGCCUCCAUGAAUUUCUGGACUGGAGGAAAAUGAAGCUUCUACCUCGCAAAUCCCACGACAACGCGCAGCUCAUCAGCGGGGUUUACUUCCAAGGGACCACCAUUGGCAUGGCACCGAUCAUGAGCAUGUGCACCGCGGAACAAUCCGGAGGAGUCGUUAUGGAUCACUCAGACAGCCCCCUUGGCGCGGCCGUGACCCUGGCACACGAGCUGGGCCACAAUUUUGGGAUGAACCACGACACACUGGAGAGGGGCUGUAACUGUCAAAUGACUGCUGAGAAAGGAGGCUGCAUCAUGAACCCUUCGACUGGGUACCCGUUUCCCAUGGUGUUCAGCAGCUGCAGCAGGAAGGACCUGGAGACCAGCCUGGAGAAGGGGAUGGGGAUGUGCCUCUUCAACCUGCCAGAGGUCACGCCGUCCUUCGGGGGCCAGAAGUGUGGAAACGGAUAUGUUGAAGAGGGAGAGGAGUGCGACUGUGGGGAACCGGAGGAAUGCACCAACCGCUGCUGCAAUGCCACCACCUGCACGCUGAGGCCAGACGCUGUGUGCGCUCACGGGCUGUGCUGUGACGACUGCCAGCUGAAACCUGCAGGGACAGCAUGCAGGGACUCCAGCAACUCCUGCGACCUCCCGGAGUUCUGCACGGGGGCCAGUCCGCAUUGCCCAGCCAACGUGUACCUGCACGACGGCCACCAGUGCCAGGGUGUGGAUGGCUACUGCUACAACGGCAUCUGCCAGACCCACGAGCAGCAGUGCAUCACACUCUGGGGGCCAGGUGCUAAACCUGCCCCUGGGAUCUGCUUUGAGCGAGUCAACUCUGCAGGUGAUCCUUAUGGCAACUGUGGCAAAGAUUCCAAAACUUCCUUUGCCAAAUGCGAGCUGAGAGAUGCUAAAUGUGGAAAAAUCCAGUGCCAAGGAGGGGCCAGCAGACCGGUCAUUGGUACCAAUGCCGUUUCCAUAGAAACUAACAUCCCACUGCAGGAAGGAGGCCGGAUUCUGUGCCGCGGGACCCACGUGUACUUGGGCGACGACAUGCCUGACCCGGGACUUGUGCUUGCCGGCACAAAAUGUGCAGAUGGAAAAAUCUGCCUCAACCGCCGAUGUCAAAACAUUAGUGUCUUUGGCGUUCGUGAAUGUGCAAUGCAGUGCCACGGCCGAGGGGUGUGCAACAACAGGAAGAACUGCCACUGCGAGGCCCACUGGGCACCCCCCUUCUGCGACAGGUUUGGCUUUGGAGGAAGCACAGACAGCGGCCCUGUCCGGCAAGCAGGUAGCCAAGGCUUAGCCAUAGGAAUUCUGGUGACCGCCGUGUGUCUUCUUGCGGCUGGAUUAGUGGUUUAUCUCAAGAGGAAGACUCUGAUACAACUGCUGUUUACAAAUAAAAAGAACACCAUUGAAAAACUAAGGUGCGUGCGCCCUUCUCAGCCACCCAGGGACAGAUACCCCGGCCAGGCUCCCCGCAGCCAGGGCCUGACGCGGAAGCUGCCACACUCCAACCCACCUAAGGAUGAUCCCAGGAGAUGGCCGCAGCGCCAGAACACACACAUCAGCGGACCCCUGCAGGCCCUUGAUGGCCCCCAGCCCAGCUCACCUCAGCGAGUGCUCCCGCCCCUCCCCCAGGCCCCACGUGUGCCCAGCGUCCCCGCGAGACCCCUGCCAGCCCACCCUGCGCUUAGGCAGGCCCAGGGAACUCACAAGCCAAAUCCUCCUCAGAAGCCUCUGCCAGCAGACCCUUUGAGCAAGACUACGCGGCUCACCAGCACCUCCGGGAGAAGCCUGGGACGGCACGAGUCCGGACUCUGCCUGGCACCCAUCAGACCAGCUCCUAAAUAUCCACAUCAAGUGCCCAGACCAACCCACACCACCUAUAUUAAGUGAGAAGCAAGCCGACACCUUUUUUCAACAGUGAAGACAGAAGUUUGCACUAUCUUUCAACUGUAGUUGGAGGUUUUUUGUUUUUUAUUCUAUCAACUUUUAGAAUUUUUAAUGUUUAAAACACCGUUAUUUUAAGAACUUUGAGCUACUGCCGUCGGUGCUGUGCUAUGCUAUGGUGCUCUGUAUACUUGCUCAGGUACUUGUAAAUUAUUAAUUUAUGCAGAAUGUUUAUUACAGUGCAGUGCGCUGUGGUAGGCAUUUUUACCAUCACUGAGUUUUCCGUGGAAGGAAGGCUUGUUGUGCUCUUAGUAUUUUAGUGAACUUGAAAUACCCUAUGUUAUGGGAUUCUGGACAGGAUGCUUAGUUUCUGAUCGAGUCUUUAUUGGAGAGCUGAUGCUACCAGUUUAUACUACCCAGGGCUGUUGGUUAUGGUACCUGGCCCAGCUUGAAAGACCCAGGUGGGGCCUUGAAUGAUUCUGUGGAAUCCCUGACCUUGGGCAAGGGCUGGGGGCUCCAGGGCUGGGUUGUCUUUUGGCUUUCAGGGAGGCCCCAGGGCCCCUUCGUAUCUGAGGGGUAAGCCCACAAGAGGUUGCAGCUUGAAGGUCUGGUACAGCAGGAAAGGGUGUGGUUUCUGACCAGACAGCUUUGGACAGAAACUGGGCUAGAGUCAGGAACUUCGAGGUGUAGCCAUCCCAGGACAAAAACUGGAACACAGAGGCCAGGCAGAAGAGCUCGAGCUGACCAGCCACAAGCCAGGAAGAGAUUUGUGGCAUUGCUUGAGGUUUUAAUCUAUAGAAACACCAAGAACUUCUGUUUCUGGCUACCCUUUAUUGUGCUGGCAUCAACACAUUAUUUAAAUUGGGAAAGGUGGUGUUUCUACAAGAAAACUACUGCCCAGGCACUGCAAGCCUCUCCCUGGACUGUUUGGAGCUAAGCAAAUUAUCACAUUGUCUUCUCAACCGUAAUACAAUGAUCCUGUGCUCAGACAGACAGAUGAGGCUUUCCAUGGGACCAUAACAGUUUUCAGAUGUGAACCAGUAACCAGAUCUAGUCAAUCAAUUCAGUAGAUAAAACUCUCCUUUUACUGCAAGGUUCAACUUAUUCAAAAUUAGGCAGAAUCCCUAUGCUCACAAAAACUACAACUCAGUGGAAUGCUAUGUUCAUUGGUACAGACUAUCUGCUAUCCUUAUUGGUAGAUAUUAGACAAAGAACCAUCAGUUACUACUAAGUUCUCUUUGGGGCAUCUUAUUUUCCCAGUUUAGCUGCAGGAAUCUUUUUUUUUUUUUUUAAGGUUUUUGCACAGAGCCUGAAAUCUAUUUUUUAAACACUUGCAACCUACCUGUUGAGCAUCACAGAAUGUGAUAAGGAGAUCCAUUUCUUAAUUCUAAAUAUUCAUGAAAUGCAGGCUUGGGCAGCAGCCCCUUCAACCUUUUACUCUUCAAAUGUCUGACUGGGGAGCCAUUUGCACAUGGAGAUCUUUCAGAAGCCUGUAAUAAAUGACAUGGAAAAUACAGAAAUACUUAGACAAGGUAAAAUACCAUUUUCCCUUUCCCUAUGUUCUAGCGGGGUCAUGUGUGACUAGUUUUCACAUUAGAAAGCAAUUGAAAAUAGUUCCAUAAUGCACUCUGAGUGUUUUAUGAUAAAGACUUCUUUUGGGGUCAUUUCAAUGGUUUUCUAUGCCUUGGAGCAGAAAGAAAAAAUGCACUGAGAAUCCUGGUUUUCCUUCCAGAAAACAAAACAGUAUUUAACUUCCUCAAGUUCCCCACUGUAUCCAGGCAACAUAGUAUUCACAACCACAGAUAAACUAAAUAAAUCGGCAUCACACACAGACACACACACACACACACACAAACAGAAGGGAACUCAACUCUACUAUGUUCCAACCCUUACAGCAUGCAUCUGUUUAUUAUACAAUUGUUAAGUCUUAAAAAAUGUAAAGCCCUAUUAGAAAUGAUUAUUGCUGACGAGAUACGUAUAGAAUCACUGUGACUGAUGUGACAUUUGGUGACUGUAUGAAGGCCAAAGCAGAUGUCAUGGAAAAGUUUAAGGGCUUUUUCUGGGCAUUGUCCUUACAGAUGCUCAAAUCCUUAGAUCUGGCAUUUUAGCCCCACGGCCUAGUGCCCGUAAAAGGAUGUGAACUGACCUUCUUUAUCCUUCCUUAGCUAUAAUUCCUGUGCUUCUAUUUCAAAACUCUAGACGGAUGUUAAAGGAAGUCAAUGCUGUGAUCUUAAACCAGACCAUCAGGGACCACUUAGGGGCUGUGACCGAGGACAUGUUAUCUCCGCGGUCCUGAUUACUUCUAUUGAGCCAUGCAGUUUCUUUCUGGAUAAGAACAUACUGAAAUCUAAUGUUCCCUUACAGAGAUAAUAUUAAAGGAGUAAUACUUCCAAGAUGCAAUAUUUAUCAAAUGAAGCAUAUUUCGCAAGAGUUUUGUUUUAAUAUAACUUAGGAAAGGAACCGAUUACCAGGUCUUUUGGGGGUGAGGGUUACUCCUCCCCUUUUAUAUCCUCACACAGAUGGAAGCAAAAAUCACCAAAAUCAACAGUUGUAUUUCCAUGGCAAGCUGACUAUUCUUUAGUAUAUAUUUGUUUAAUGUUAUGGGCGUGACUACUAGAGUUGACCUGAGAUGUAGAGGGCCACCACUGGGUAAGAGUCAGCCCUGGGGUGAGUUCCUUUUCUCCCUACUUCAGAUCAUAGUUGGAGGUCCAAGGACUCCCCCCCCCUUCACCGGGAUGUAUGUGGCUAAUCUUCUAGGCCUUCCUUUGAAAAGUAUAUCUCCCAACAGUGUCUGUUUUCCCAACACACGAAAUCACAUGUGUAGCAACCAAGAGAAACAAUGCAUAACAUUUUCCAUUGUCAAAAUAUGUAUAGGGAGGCUACACUCCCCAGUGAGAAUUUUUUCAGCUUCCCCAUGAGGGGUGACAUCACAGAAACCACAAAAGCAACAAAUUAAAACUACAUGAGAAGAAACACCCCUGGCUAGUCUGGGGGUGGGGAGGUGUCAUUUUUAUGCCUUCUUAACUUUACUAGGAAUUCUCAGGCUGAAACUGUAGGCCAUUGUUCUCUGGCAAAUCAAUACAACACAUCGAAAAGAAAAACUGCUAAAACUCUGAUCUGUGCCAGAAUAUUCUUAGGAGCCUGUGAUCCCCAUUGGUGCUAAAAAGAGCCUGGUGCUGAGCAAAAUCGAAUACCUGAGCGUUUUUGUGCCACUUCUCCACGGACGUUUUCCAAGCACUCUGAGCCACUGAGACCCUUGCUGACAACCCAAAGAAGAAAAUGCCUGGGCAGCCAGACUGGAUCUUUCUCAUGUAACCUGACCUCUUGCUGGCUUUCCUCACGGGGCUCAUUUCAUCUAAAAACUUUUGCUAUAGUGAGCUCCUCCAGUUGCUAGGGGAGCAGGAAGCCCAGAACAGACUCUGGCUGCUCGUCAUCUCCCAGGAGGUCGUGCCUCACUGCAAGUGACACUGAUUAACAUCGCACCAACCCUCCCAGAGGCCUGCUGCCACCCAUGCCCACCCCAGAGCAGAGGACCCCUGGCUGGCAGGGAAAGGGCUUUCCCAUCUUUCUCCUCCCCACCAGCACAGAGGCCACCCCUUGUUGGAAGCCAGCGUGAGGCUGUCACGGCCACCCCCAAGGACUCAUCAGCAGGCCCACAAACACGUUUGCACACAAGAAGCCAGGGGCUACUGAAUCCCAGGCCAAACCCAGGGCUGACGCUUCUCCAGUCUCUGACAAUCGAACCCCUGUUUUGGGACUGCUCCAGCUUAGCCUGAGAGGUGCCUGUGGCCUCAUGGGGUGGCCUCUGCAACAGCCACCAUGAAAUGCCCAAAGCCCAACCUUCUCCGGCAAUGCUUUAAUUGCCACUGGCUUGAAGACAGGACAGACCUCCUGCCUAAUGACUGCUUCUAACUAAAAGGGAGCUGGGCACAGAAGAUUCCUCAUGACUCACUCUAAAAUUCCCAUCAAUGUCUACUUUUUUUUUUUUUCCUAUAAUGAACAUUUAUUUCUCUGAAAAUCUGGCAGGAAAAAAAAAAGGUUAAUUUAAAAUAGUUAAAAGAAAAAGGUAAAAAGGGCAAAAAAAAUAGGACCAAACAGGCAGGCCCUCUUGCUUUUUUGUUUGUUUGUUCUAACAGUCUUAUUCACACACUAUACAAUUCAUGCAAAGUGUAUAAUCAGUAGUUCUCAGUAUAAUCAUCACAAGCAAUGUGGGAACAUUAACAUCUAUUUCUUUUAAACCUAUUUGAAAAUCCUAUUAAUAGUGAUACAGGUAAUGCUCUAAGAAAGAUUUGUAAGCUAACUGCUGAAACCAUUUCUGUGCCAUGAUGAUGCUUCCAGAAGCCAUUCACCUACAUAUGAAUGUGCUGUUUCCCUGCCCCUUCAUAAAGAAAACUCUCCCUUUAUUUCUGGGACAGCAAUGUAUCUUAUUGUCCAGCCAUUUAAGAGCUUGUUUCAUAUAGGAAAAGCUAGAAAAAAAACUCUGCAUAUAAAAUGGUUGCAGUAUUCAAUAAUGGAUAGUGGUAGCCACAAGAUCUGACUUCGAAAGUAAUUUUCAGUUUAAGGUGAUUUGGCUCUUCCAGGUUGAAUACCCUGUAACCCUUCCUGAUUAUUUUCCACAUCAUUUUCAAAAAAAAAAAAAAAAAGUUCUAUGUUCCCUGUGAGUCUCCUUCUCUAAAAAAAAGUUUAGCUCCCAAUUU